GAGAGAGCACCGAUAUUAUAUCAACCACUAAACCAGCACAUGGAAAUAUAAGAUUAUUUUGGGUAGAGACUCGAGAGGGAGAGAGGGCGAGUAAGAGAGAGAGACAGAACAACAGUUCAUAAGUGUGUAUUGGGAGCCCCAUCAGCUCAGAAGCAUCACAGGCACGCGCAUCUCUCAGCUGGAGCGCAUCAUCUGUCCAUUCCGCUACUCGACUCUCGAACGCACGACACGUGAAGGUGAUUUUUUCCGUAUCCCGAGACCCGAUAUAUCUGGACGAAAUGCUUUCAGCAAGGUGGAUUGUUGGAGGUUUUGAAUGGAGGCAGCGGGACACCUCCCCAUAGUUCCGAAGAGUGCGCGAGAGACGGACACCAGAGUUACCGCGUCUCGGAUUGUGGAGCAUCUGCUGAAUUUACCUGACAAUUUGUGUUUCAGUGGGAUAAGCGAAUAUCACACGCGUCAGUAUCUAAAAGAGCUUUUUAGAGCAUUUUGGAUAACAUAGCCCAUCAAAUAUCCUGCUUGGUCCGCCAGGUGCCCGCGUGCUUAAUUUAUUCUGGAUAACAACAAUUAAUACUGCAGAAUGUGUUCCCCUCCUUCUGGACUGCCCUCAGUUGCAUCUAGUGAAAUUGCUCGGGACCACACGGGAUGAAAUGGACAUCAGCAUUGCAAUAAAUUAGCCUAAUUGAUAUUCAGCGAGAAGUCUCUUCUGAGCUAUAGGAGUACAUACAUUUAUGUAUCCUGAUUAAAUCAGACAGCGUUUGAUAGAUUGCUUGGCAUCUUACUGACAGUGUGAAGUCUGGAAUACAAGAAUAAAUGAACCUGACUGGACAGACAGAGAAUUAACAAUAUCCAUCAUGUUUAAACGGGGCUGUGGGCUGGAGUUCCUGCUGGUACUCUGUGGGCUAGAGCUCUCCUGGUCCUGCCCACGUCACUGCAUUUGCUACAUGGCCCCCAGCACAGUCAGCUGCCAAGCCCACAACUUCCUGUCUGUCCCGGAAGGCAUUCCUCCGCACAGUGAGCGCAUCUUCCUCCAAAACAACAAGAUCCAUCGACUGCUGCAGGGACACUUUAGCCCCACCACGGUCACUCUGUGGAUUUACUCUAACAAUAUCACAUAUAUCGAACCAUCUACUUUCCAAGGGUUUACCUUGCUGGAGGAAUUGGACCUGGGAGACAAUCGCUACCUACGAUCGCUGUCUGCAGAAACGUUUCAUGGGCUGGGCCGGCUCCAUGCCCUCCAUCUAUACCGAUGUGGCCUCAGUGCACUGCCGAAUAACAUCUUUCAGGGUCUCCGCAACCUCCAGUAUCUGUACUUGCAGGACAACCACUUGGAGUAUCUGCAGGAUGAUCUAUUUGUGGAUUUGCACAACUUGAGCCACUUAUUUCUUCAUGGGAAUCGUCUGUGGAGCCUGCACCAAAACACAUUUAGAGGGCUGGGGGCUUUGGACCGGCUGCUGCUGCACCACAAUCAACUGCAGUGGGUGGAUCGUCUGGCGUUCCACGACCUGCGACGACUCACCACUCUCUAUUUGUUCAACAACUCUUUGACAGAGCUGGCUGGAGAGUGUCUGACCCAGCUACCGGCCCUGGAGUACCUUCGCCUCAAUGACAACCCUUGGGAGUGUGACUGUAAGGCUUUAUCACUGUGGGACUGGCUCAAAAAGUUUCGGGGAUCCACAUCAUCUGUGGGUUGUGUGGCACCGGCAGAACUUGCAGGCAAAGAUCUGAAACAACUGAGGAAAGAGGACUUCCCAAACUGUUCUGGAUCUGAGUCUCUCCAUCAGAGUAAGACCAAUACUUGGGCAGGAACAAAUAAGGUCUCCCUGAAGCAAGAGCCACACCCUGCCCAGCCUCCACAAACACACCCACACCAUCCCCAACUGAAUGAACAAUUCCCUUCCCCUCCCUCCCCCCUGCCCCAGCCUCCUCCUGCCAUAAAUGGUGUACAAGUGGUACCGGGAGUGUCUCCGGACAUGAUCCCAGAUCAGAGGCCUGGCCGCUCUCGGAAUUGCACCCGCCAACGUGUCAGAGGCAGCAAGGGAAAAGGACCAAACGAGGUCCACAUCUUAAAGGAGAUGGCAGAUAAGGAGUACUCCUCUCCAGAUUUCACCGGGAAAUAUGAUGAAACGUCUUCAAAUGGUUCAAACACCCGUAGAAAGCACAAAUGUACCCCCCGGACCUCUGUGCGUCCCCCUAGUGGGGUCCAGCAAGCCACCAACUUGGGACACUCUCAUCACACACAUCUCUUUCUCUGUAGUAUUUCAGGACUGCUCACGCUCAUUCUGCGCUGAACUCAAUGCUAGACCUUCAUAGCAUCAUGGAUACUCUGCAGUCCUCAGAUCAGCUCUAGCUACAGCAUUACCAGGCCUACUAACGUGUGUAUGUUUGUGUGAAUGUGUGUGAGUGAUGACGUGUAAUACAUUGUAUAAGGAGCUUUGCCAUUUAGACUGAAACAGAUGAAGAUUGAACACCGGAUGUUAUGAGUUCAAAAUUGGGUUGGUUAACAUGAGUGAGGGAAUAGUGAAUCAAACAUGCUUGCACUGCCACUGUUGUUAUUCCUAAUUAUCUUCACUUUUUUCAUGUUGCUUUGGUCUCCUCCUAUAAAUGGACAAUAAUUUCAGUAAAAUAAAGCACAACUAGCGAAAUAAGUGUGUCAAAGAGACAUGAGCAAGCAACACAAAUUUACAAAGAAUAAUGUUGGAAGACAUGCCAUUCUGUUAGUCUAAUAUUUCUAACAAACAAAGCAUGUAUAGAAGAUACCACCAAACAGUUCUAAACAAUACAAGUAUAUCCUUUGUUUAAUAUAUCACAUCUUUGCCAAAUAGAUUCACAAAUACAUUUCUGUAGGCGUUUCAACCUUUAUUUGCUCAUGUAGGACAUAUUUUUGCAGAUUUACUGAAUUAAGAGAAAGAAAACAAAGUGUUGUGUGAAAGGAAACUAAAUAGCCAGUACUAAAGCACAUACAUUCUCCUUAGAACCUCCCUAAGGAAAAAUGUUACAACCUAAAUACAACAAUAUUUUUUUCUGUCCAAUACCCUCCUUCAUUUAUUUUCCAUAUUUUCUUUGCUUUUGCCCUAAGACUUAACUUCCACUUCUUAGUUUGGAUUGUAUUGUUUUUUUUUAUAACACCACAUAAAAGCCAAUGGUUAUACUAGCUGCUAUAUUGUUUGUAGAAGCAAAUGAGACCCAUUUUUACCUCAUCUGCUUCCAAAAAACACAAUAUGUGUGGAUGUGUGUGUGCGUGUGUGUCCAGUACAAAAAGCUAUGAAAAAAUUAGAGUUGUGUUUGUUUCUUGUCCUCUGUGUUGUUUGUUAUGUUUGGCUGUGACUCAGAGGACUUAGAAAUGGACUGCUGAUGGGGGCGCAGACUCUGGAGGGGACACAGGUCUAAUUGAAGUGAACUCUAUUUUGAAAAGCGCCUUCAGCCUAAGCCCGCCAUCGAAAACAUAGACACCUUUCUUUCUUAGAGAGGUGUGAAAUCAACUGUUUUAACAAGACAGAAAAGAAAACAAC